AAUCUUACUGAAGGUCCAAAUGGUAGCGGGAAGAGCUCACUUUUCCGAGUUCUAGGAGGUCUCUGGCCCUUGGUAUCUGGCCAUAUUGUGAAACCUGGUGUUGGUACUGAUCUCAAUAAAGAAAUUUUCUAUGUACCACAAAGACCAUACACAGCUGUUGGAACACUUCGGGACCAGUUGAUUUAUCCUCUUACUGUAGAUCAAGAGGUUGAACCACUUACACACAGUGGAAUGGUGGAGUUAUUGAGAAAUGUUGACCUCGAGUAUUUGUUAGACCGGUAUCCACCUGAGAAAGAAAUAAAUUGGGGUGAUGAAUUAUCUCUUGGGGAGCAACAAAGAUUGGGGAUGGCUAGACUUUUCUAUCAUAAGCCUAAAUUUGCAAUUCUUGAUGAGUGCACAAGUGCUGUCACAACUGAUAUGGAGGAACGUUUUUGUGCUAAAGUUCGAGCGAUGGGAACGUCAUGCAUUACUAUCUCACAUCGUCCGGCUCUAGUUGCAUUUCAUGAUGUGGUGUUGUCCUUGGAUGGUGAAGGUGGUUGGAGUGUUCAGUUCAAAAGGGAGGAUUCUCCUCUCCUUAAUGAAGGUGGGGGAAAUAUGAUGUUGUCUGAGACGACCCGACAGAGUGAUGCAAUGACGGUUCAACGUGCAUUUGCCACGACUAGAAAGGAUUCUACAAUCUCAAAUUCGAAGGCACAAUCUUACAUCGGUGAGGUGAUAGCAGUGUCUCCUUCCGAGGAUCAUAAUGUUACACAUCCAUUUGUUCCACAGCUCCAAAGGGAUCCUCGAGCUUUGCCAUUGAGAGUAGCAGCCAUGUUCAAAGUACUGAUUCCCACAGUUCUUGAUAAACAAGGAGCACAACUGCUUGCAGUUGCUUUUCUCGUGGUAUCGAGAACAUGGAUUUCAGAUCGUAUUGCUUCCUUAAAUGGAACCACUGUGAAAUUUGUUUUGGAGCAGGAUAAGGCAGCCUUUAUUCGUCUAAUUGGCGUUAGUGUUCUGCAGAGUGCUGCAUCAUCCUUCAUUGCACCUUCUUUAAGGCACUUGACAGCCAGGCUGGCUCUUGGGUGGAGGAUUCGUUUAACUCAACAUUUACUCAAAAAUUACUUAAGAAAUAAUGCAUUUUAUAAGGUGUUCAACAUGUCAAGCAAGAAGAUAGAUGCUGAUCAGAGAAUAACUCAGGACCUAGAAAAGUUAACUACUGACUUGUCGGGACUGGUUACAGGAAUGGUAAAGCCUUCUGUGGACAUUCUUUGGUUCACCUGGAGAAUGAAGCUUUUGACUGGUCGGAGAGGUGUUGCUAUAUUGUAUGCUUACAUGUUGCUGGGUCUUGGCUUUUUGAGGGCUGUUACCCCUGAAUUUGGUGAUUUGGCAAGUCGUGAGCAACAACUUGAAGGAACCUUCAGGUUUAUGCACGAGAGACUGCGUGCUCAUGCUGAAUCUAUUGCUUUCUUUGGGGGAGGUUCUAGAGAAAAAGCUAUGGUUGAAUCAAAAUUCAAAGAACUUCUCGAUCACUCCUUGUCUCUUUUAAAGAAGAAAUGGUUGUUUGGAAUUCUGGAUGAUUUUACCACGAAACAACUCCCACAUAAUGUGACUUGGGGGUUGAGCUUGUUAUAUGCCAUCGAACACAAGGGAGACCGAGCAUUAAUAUCCACUCAAGGUGAGCUGGCACAUGCAUUGCGUUUCUUAGCAUCUGUUGUAUCUCAAAGCUUUUUAGCUUUCGGUGACAUUCUUGAACUGCAUAGAAAGUUCCUUGAACUCUCUGGUGGCAUCAACAGAAUUUUUGAGCUUGAAGAGCUUCUAGAUGCUGCACAAUCUGUUGUUGGUUAUUCAGCGGCUUCCGAAGCUGACACUCAGUCACCAUCUAAGUGGAGAGAUUUUAAUUCUGAAGAUGUCAUUACCUUCUCAGAAGUUAAUAUCAUCACCCCAUCACAGAAGAUAUUGGCUAGGGAGUUAACAUGUGAUAUAGUACCUGGGAAAAGCUUGCUUGUUACUGGUCCAAAUGGGAGUGGAAAAAGUUCUGUCUUUAGAGUUCUUAGAGGUCUUUGGCCCAUCACGAGUGGAAGAAUCACUAAACCAUCACAACAUGUUAAAGAAGGUGUUGGAUCUGGUUGUGGAGUAUUUUAUGUUCCUCAGCGGCCUUAUACAUGUUUGGGAACACUCAGGGAUCAAAUUAUAUAUCCUCUAUCUUUUGAGGAGGCUGAGUUAAGGGCAUUGAAGUUGUAUCGAGAAGGUGAAAAAUCUUCUGAGCACACCAAUAUUCUAGACAUGCGGUUGAGAACUAUUCUGGAGAAUGUCCGAUUGAGUUAUCUUUUGGAAAGGGAAGAAGGUGGUUGGGAUGCUAAUCUGAAUUGGGAGGACACUCUCUCCCUUGGAGAACAGCAGAGAUUAGGCAUGGCACGCCUAUUUUUUCACAAGCCUAAAUUUGCCAUCCUUGAUGAAUGCACCAAUGCUACGAGCGUUGAUGUUGAAGAACAACUUUAUCGGCUCGCAAAAGACAUGGGUAUCACAGUUGUUACCUCCUCACAAGUAAGUACUACUAUAACUAUAUGGAG